GCCUCGCUCUCCAACGUCUCUCUCUACAGUGGGUUCAAAGUAAAGUUAAAAGAAAAAGGAAAAUCUCGCUAGAUUUUGAAGCGAGUCAUGGGGGCCAAAAAAGUGCGGAAGAUUCUCUCCCUCGCACCUCUUCCACCCCUCCUUCUAAAGUCCUCCUCGCUAGCGAGGGUGGUGAAGGAAAUGAGUGCCCCAAAGUUCGUAAAAUGUGUGACUGUUGGAGAUGGAGCUGUUGGGAAGACUUGCAUGCUCAUCUGCUACACCAGCAACAAGUUCCCAACCGAUUAUGUUCCCACUGUCUUUGACAACUUCAGUGCUAACGUUUCUGUGGAUGGGAGCAUUGUCAACUUGGGAUUGUGGGACACUGCAGGCCAAGAAGAUUAUAGCAGAUUGAGGCCGCUGAGUUACAGAGGAGCAGACAUAUUUAUUCUGGCUUUCUCAUUAAUCAGCAGGGCAAGCUAUGAGAAUGUUCUUAAGAAGUGGAUGCCUGAACUUCGUCGCUUUGCACCCAAUGUUCCAGUUGUUCUAGUUGGAGCCAAGUUAGAUCUACGUGAAGAUAAAGGAUUUCUUGCCGAUCAUCCAGGUGCAUCUGUGAUUACAUCUGCACAAGGGGAAGAACUUAGAAGACACAUAGGUGCUGCAGCAUACAUUGAAUGCAGCUCAAAGACUCAACAGAACAUCAAGGCUAUUUUUGACACUGCAAUCAAGGUGGUUCUUCAACCGCCACAAAGGAAGAACAUGAUGAAGAAGAAAACUAGAAGAAACUCUGGUUACUCAAUGAGGAGAUUCGUGUGUGGUAGUGCAUGUGUUGCGUAGUACAAGAAAGCAGACUUAUUUUGGCUUGUUUGUAAGUACAUGUGCUAAUGUCCAUGUUAGCUGAAACAUAUUACCAUCAGUCUUCUAGUUCUAGUGAGACAGCAGGCAAGCGAUUUGUUUUAUCUGUGGCCAGAGGGAACUUUUUGUUCUCCCAUGCUUAUAUGGAAGGAAUCCUUCUUUUGUUGUUGUUGUUGUUGUUGUUGUUGUUGUAAGAACUGAACAUCCUUUAUCUUCAUAAGUUAUAUGCUUCAUGUUCUUUCUAG